AUGGGAUGAAGAAACAAAGCCAAGCUGGGCCAUUCUCUAUUUUCCUAAGCAUCCCAAGUAAAAUGUUAUCUUCUAUCACUCCAGUUUUAUCGCAGGAAAAAAGUUGCUAUACAUAGCGGGCAUCCGGAAAGAGGGAGAAAGAGGAAAUUUAGCUAUUUUAUUUCCCCCUAAAACAAAACUUGCAGGCCUGCAUUUUGAAAGUAAGGGCAAAGGGCCGUUGCGUCAAAGUAAUUAAUUAAUCAAUCCUUUACUAACUCAACUCGAAUAAACUCUUAAUGUUUUCUCCCAACACAUCUGAUAAGCAACCACAAAAAUCCAUACACGCACUCUCGCCUGGGCUUCUUCAGCUGCAGUUUCACCCAUGAGGAAUCAUACACGUAAUCGCAAUAUUUCAAGGAGUGCUGAUCAAAUGUACUAUCAGGAAUCACAAAUGUAUAAUUUUUCACCUGAAGAGAAAUAUGCUGUUGAAGAAAGCUUAGCCACCUACUGUAAGCCUGUAGAAUUCUACAACAUUCUUCAGCGCCGAGCUUUAAGACAUCCCCUAUUUCUUCAACGAUGUUUGCGUUACAAAAUACAAGCCAAACGACGAAAGAGAAUCAAAAUGACCAUCACUUUCUCUGGAUUCGUAAGGAAUGAGGUUCAGGAGCAAAAUGUCUUUCCUCUCUAUGUAUUAGUGUCAAGUCCAAUUUCUGAUUCUCUGGGGGAUUCUGCAGUCUUUCGCUCAGGCCGGACAUGCUUACUCAAAGCAUCAACUCGACAAGGGUGUAAUGAGCAAUCCGCUGUUAGUUUUAUUUUACCUGAAAUUGGGAAGCUUUCAGAGGAUGUAGUUACUGAUAAUCUGACAAUCUUACUUGUUUAUUGUGUGGACAAUAGGAGUUUACAUGGAGAGAAGAACUUGCAGAUACCCUCAUUAGUGAAUUACAGUGGAGAAGUUUUGUGGGGAAAAUUGGCUAUGGGUUCACUCUGCAAUUCUUGGGAGAGUUCUGUAAGGUUGAAAUUGGGGCACAAAGCUGAUGUAAUAUCUUCAGUGGACUUGCACUCCAGCAUUCUUGAGCAUACUCGUCAAGAGAACGGGGUUGACCACCUUAUAUUCAAAGCACCCAGUAACUCAGAUGAUUUGAACUCAUUGAUGCGGUUGCAAGUGGAUAUCUCAGCCCAGGAGUUGGGACCAAGAGAGAGCUCCCCGUAUGACUCUUAUUCCUAUAGUGACAUUCCUACGUCAUUGUUGCCUCGUAUUGUACGAAUGAGGGCCGGAAAUGUGGUCUUCAAUUACAAAUAUUAUAACAAUAAACUGCGUAAGACAGAAGUCACAGAAGAUUUCACAUGCCCCUUUUGUUUGGUUCAUUGUUCCAGCUUUCAGGGAUUACGGCAUCAUUUGACUUGUUCCCAUGAUUUAUUCAAUUUUGCAUUCUGGGUUAAUGAAGAGUUUCAGACAGUGGAUGUCUCUCUCAAGACUGAAAUUUGGAGAUAUGAGGGAAACAUUGCGGAUGAGGAUGGCAAUGUGGCUCCAUUCAAAGCUUUCUCUUACUGCUCCAAGUCUUGCUCAGUCAAGAGACGUCGGACAGCAGUUCGUGAUUCAGCAUACUCUCAUCUCCAAGUUAAACAAGAUUCCCUAGGAACAGGGAGCUUUGGCCAAUCCCAAAAUGCUUUGAUAAAGACCGCUCCAGCUAAUUCACAUGAAGCCUCUGUUGGACCUUUCAUAAAUGGUACCAUCUCAUCGAAAGAACCAUCAUCAGCACGGGCUGUGUAUAAUCAGUUACCUGGUCGUACAUUAUCCGAAAUACAAAAUUCUACUGAGCUGGAGCCAGGUAGCCAUUUAGCACCUUCAUCACCUGCAAGGGAGGAUAGGCCCCAGAUUAAUGAUGCAUUGAGAGUAGAAUCUAAAGAAGACACAGAGAAACAUGGAAUUAUUGGAAAUGGAGAAAUUGCUUUACCUUCUCAAAGGCAUGAAAUAGAAAAUGCCUGUAUGGAGCAAGCUUGUGCUGGAGAGUCUAUGUUAGCUGGGAUACAAGUUUCUGUGGCAGAUAGUGGUGAAUAUGGACCACAAACUGAUGCAAGCAACCUAAUACCCCCUUCCACACUGCGGUUUGGAAAGACAAGGAAACUGUCUGUUGAGGGAGGGGAACCACGCUGUCGUAUACUUCUUAAAAAACGACAGUUUUUCCAUUCACAUAGAGCACAGCCAAUGGCCUUGGAGCAAGUGUUUUCAGACAGAGAUAGUGAAGAUGAAGUUGAUGAUGACAUUGCAGACUUCGAAGAUCGAAGGAUGCUCGACGAUUUUGUAGAUGUGACGAAGUAUGAGAAGCAGCUCAUGCAUCUUUGGAAUUCUUUUGUUAGGAAGCAACGUGUGUUGGCAGAUGGCCAUGUACCUUGGGCAUGCGAGGCAUUUUCUAAACAUCAUGGCCAGGAUCUUGCUCGAUUUCCACCUCUCCGCUGGUGCUGGAGGUUGUUUAUGGUCAAACUUUGGAACCACAAUCUUCUUGAUGCAAGCAUCAUGAACCGCUGUAACAAUAUUAUUGAUGACUUCGGUAAGAAUCAAUAGGUUUCUUGCAUUCAGUUGUACGAUAUUUCAAAGUCUUAUUUUGGAAAGAGAGUAUCUGGCCUCAAUGCGUUACUCAAGCAGCUGCUGAAUCACAUCCAUUAGUUGACAUACAGGUGGUAACUCAUUCUUUCUGAUUUUGAAUGAUUUGCUGUAGAACUCUGGCAUAAGUUCUACUAGUGUCAUUCAGCUAUUCAUUGAUGUAACAUUCUUUUGUCACUCAUCCAAAAUUCAAUUCAUGUGUUCUUUUUAUAUCUCAAAAUUGCACAGAAAUUGUAAGUGGCUAUAAUUUAAAGCACUUCUGGUAAAAUCGGCAUUCCUAGUAGAGAGAUGUUAUCAGCUGUCUUGAAAUUAUUUAUUGCCGGACUACUCAAGGUUCUUAAACUGAAAGACAUUGAAAAUUGCAAUCAUUUUUAGGAGGGAGGAAUUUUCUGAUAGUGUUGUUUGACAUGAAACAAAAUAAUGAUUUUUGUGAAAUAAUUAAUGAUACUAACCACAGAAGGGUGGCUGCAAGUAGUCAUGACGAAUGUUAAGAUACAUAGCUAGACUGAUUGCACUAAUUAAUGUGCGGUACGUGGGCUGCCCCUUAUGAAAUCUUUGGUAUCCUGGAAAUUGUAUGAAGCCUUUAAUUGUGAUUGAAGUUCACCAAUCUCAGUAAGUUUUCUUAUUCAGAUUGUACAGCUAUCACUUAACAAGGCUCGUCAGUGUCAAAUCUUUCAUAUGAGAAGGUUGUGAAUUGAAGAGCCUGACUGGCUGCUGUUAAUUGUAGAGAAUGUUGAGGGGUUUUUCUUGUU